GGGAGAGACUGAACUGAAACCAAUAUGCACAACCUCUUACAAGAGUGAAAUGGCUGAAAAUCAUAUCUAUCCUGUGUGGGUUGUUUGUGUUUUGGACAAGACCGGUGGCUUCCUGUAGGAUGUGAGUAGCUGGGGAGAGUUCCUUCCAUUGUCUUUGGGUCAAGCGUUCUCUUUCAGUGUUUGUAUUCUCAGCUACUGACAUGGCCACAUCUUCUCUCCUGUGCUCAGAAUAUUUACGAUGCCCAGUCUGCCUGGAUCUGUUUCAGGAGCCUGUCACCAUCCCCUGCGGCCACAGCUUUUGUCUUGGGUGCAUCACCCAGUGCUGGUCACUACAAGGGUCCUCUACAUCUUGUCCCCAGUGCAGAUGUCCCUUCCGAACGGAUUCCCCACCAAGGCUGUGCAAGAACAGCAUCCUCUCCCAGAUGGUGGAUGAUUUUUCCAACCCCCAGGAGUCUAGUAAGGUAACCCCUGCAUCGUCUAAACCAUAUUGGAAUAUUAAGGAGGACUUGGAGAUAAACCAUCCUCACAUCACUCAGGAGGAGGACCCCAACAGGGCAAACAGUGAGAGCAUUGCAACACCCCCAAUGUGUCGGAGAAACCCUGAACAUACCAACCGAUGGACCUCAAUGGUCAGGCAACGCAGGGAGGUGAGCAAGGGAUUCAAUGACAUGGUGCGGAUUCUGCAAGCUUCCGGAUUCCGAUUCCUCCAGCUCAUGGAACAAGCAGAGAAUGAGAUGUUGGAACAGGAAGACAGCCAAACAUUGAAGCAGGAUGAGAAUCAGGUGGAAAAAAAAGAAGAUGCUGACACUAUGGAGGAAGGGCUCACCAUGACUGUGUUACCUCCUUCCCAGGAAGAGCAAGAGUUCAGCGUGAAAGAGAUCCCGUGGUUAUGGCUCUCUGAAGCUAUGGCUAAAUUUAGAGAAAGCUUGCUGGAACUGUGUGCUGAUCACAUGGGGCACAUGAUACAACAGGUCCAGAGAACACGGACUACAAGUUCUGCUAAGGUAUCAGAAGAUUGGGGGAGCCCUUUGAUGCCACUAAUUCCUCGGGUGCGGGCCGAAUUCCUUAAGUACUCCAGAGAUGUAACCCUUGACCCGAAUACUGCCCAUCACAACCUGUCACUAAUGCAGAGUAACAGAAGGGUUUUGUGCAAGCUGCAGCCUCAGGGCUACCCAGACAACCCUGGACGGUUCAACCACUACACACAAGUGCUGGGCCACGAACCCCUGGGCAAAGGGCAGCAUUACUGGGAAGUCCAGUUGUCUGGCAACCGAGUCAGUCUGGGUGUAUCAUACCGUAGCAUCUAUCGCAAGGGGCACCAGAGUCACUGUCUGGCUGGGAGGAAUUCCCACUCCUGGUGUUUGGAGUGGACCAACACACGCUGUUACGCUUGGCAUGAUGGACAGCGGGUACUGGUAGCCACAGGACAACAGGAAUGUUUAGGUGUCUUCCUGGAUUGGGAUCGGGGAUGCCUGUCCUUUCACGAGGUAUCUGAUGAUAUGCCUGUUCUUCAUCGAUUUCGUGCAUCUUUCAUCGAGCCAGUCUAUCCCAUCUUCUUUGUUAGCUGGAAUUCCAUUGUGUCCAUAGGAGAAGCAGCCCAGUCUCGUCAAUGUGCCCAAAGCAAGCGCUUCCACAGGCAACUAUCUGCCAACUUCUGAAUUACUCACUGGUCCCAUCUUAUUCUGGAUCCCAGACAACAUCUUCCUUCUGCCCCUACCGUAAAUACAGGGGCUCGAACACUCACAAACUAUUUUAAUUACCCACACAAUAGCAGUCAUAUCUCACAGUCCACACUAAAGGGUUUAUUCUCUCCUGAUUCUCCAGUGGUUUGGAUUAAACUCUUCCGUUCCUUUGGUGCUGCAGGGAAUAACUUAUUUUAUGGCUGUGCAGAGGAUUUCCUGUUCCGCAAAAGCAACAUUGCACACGUCACCCCCGACCCCCCUGAGGUCACCGUUUGCCCUCCAAAGACUGGCGGGCUCUCUGCCUACGCAGCUUGACAAAUGCAACGGCUUCUCGGUCAGAUCGGCGGUUUUCCAAAAUCUGCAAGAUCCGGUCACCUGAGAGGGAAGAAUAUCAGUGAGUGAGAUGUUUCAGGACUGUUUUAUCUUACAAUUAUGUCUGAUUGUUACCUCUAUUAAACUGUGUCCUGGGAGUGACAUAGGUAUGAUUUUUUUUUAUAUAUGUCCAUUUUAUAUAAUAUCCAUUUAAUAGUUAAAUAUAAGUCAAUUUUAUUUACCCUUUUAUAUCUAGCACAGGACACAAGGUUAUUCUGCACAGGGUGAUUGUAUUUAUUAUUUUUGUUAUUAAUAAAAAUAGGAUUUGAACUUAAUGGGGCACAGUUUUGAUUUUCAGCCUUGUUACAAAAUCCAUAAUAGCAUUUUAAUUGUAAUUUUUUUUUUUUAAAUUUUAAUUGACAAUUGUAAAUCAACUAUGGGAUGGUUUCUGAAGUAAUUUGAGCACAAUACACCCUAAUAGCUUAAUAGCCUCAGUACAACAGCACUAUUUUUUCUUGCAACAAGAGAGAGAGGAAAAUGUGAAUCUAUCUGUUCAAUUUGUCACAAAUGCCCAUACUCACCUCUUAUUUAGCCUUUUUAUUUAUUUGAGCUUUUCUUUCAAUAAAGACAAAAACUAAUUCGAAUUAAA